CAAAACUAAACGGGCUCGAGGCAAAGUCCAUCUGCUCUUUCCCUGGACCCUGCUUUCAAGUGCAGAUCACCUCUGCUGCUUCUAAACCAGAAAUCAUGGAGAUCCCAGUGUUUGUGCUGGACGCCUUCACAAAUGUACCAUUCAAAGGAAAUCCCGCGGCGGUCUGUCCAUUAAUGCAUGAGCUGGAUGAAAGGUUGUAUCAGAAGAUAGCAGCGGAGAUGAACCUCUCAGAAACGGCUUUCAUCACACGGACCAACCCCUCUGAUACUUUUGCUACUGGAUCAAAGUUCCAUCUCAGAUGGUUCACUCCAACAACUGAAGUAAAUCUUUGUGGUCACGCAACUCUGGCCUCUGCAGCAGCACUGUUCCUGUUUGAGAAGAACAUCAAUUCAACUGUGAUGUUUGAGACCAAGAGUGGACUUCUGGCCGUCACCCAGCAGAAGGAUGGAUACCUCAUGGACUUUCCUCUCAAUCCACCUACCAAACAGGACCCUAAUGAGUUCAGAGAUCUUGUCCAGGCAGCCGUUGGAAACAAUCCAGUUCAGGACGUUGUGUUGAGCUCUGUAACUAAAAAGCUGAUGAUUCGGCUGUCUGACAGCUGUGACAGGUCAGUGCUAACCAGCCUCAAAGUGGACCCUGUUGCUCUUUUGAAUGCUGAGAACAGCGGAAGAGUCAAGUCUCUACUCAUCACUAUGAAAGGAUCACCAGAGUGUCAACCUGGCUAUGACUUUUACUCCAGAGUUUUUGCUCCAUGGUGUGGCAUCCCAGAAGAUCCUGUAACAGGGUCAGCUCACACUGUUCUGGCUGCUUACUGGUCCAAAGUACUGGGAAAAAAGAUCAUGACUGCUUAUCAGUGCUCCAGCCGAGGCGGGGAGCUGCAGCUUGAAGUGAGAGAUGAUGGCAGAGUCAACAUUGCUGGAGAAGUUACCAGCAUACUACAGGGAACUAUCAGACUGUAGACAAUAAGAACAAAAAACAUGCUGAGACCAUCAAUGAGAUGAUUAAAACUUAAAAAAAACAAAAAAAAAACAAACAAACUCCGACAUUAAUUGAUCCAUCGACAAAAAAAACAAAAAAAAAUCCUAUCAAAUGUGGAAUUAUCUAUGAUAAUAAUAAUAUGGAAAUAAUAUAUUUUCAUGUCAAAAAACAAACAAAAAUGAGUAAAUAAAAAGUACUUACACAAGUAAACCAAAUAAGGACACAUACUAUGAAAAUUAAUCUAAAAAUUGCAUAUUUCACUAUUUCCCUAUUAAAAUUAUAAUGAAGCAGUAGUAGACAAAAAAAAAUGUUUGAAAUAAAUAGUGUUUGUGAUGUAGAAAAUAUGCUGGGUCGCCCACAAGCUCCUUGCUCCAACUCUCAGCACAGGGAAGGGGAAGAGGGGCGGGGUUGGUCUGUGCCAACUUCUUUACACCCAAUUUAGAAGCACAUUUUGAACUACUGUCACUCUGCAAAAUCUACAUCUUAAAAAAACAACAUAGAUUUCUUGAUUUUGCCUAAAAAUAACACAAUGAAAAUAAAUGCUUUAAAAAAAGUGGGGAGCAGAUUGGGGCUUUUAACUCAUGGUCUGCAGGUAAUGAACUACUCGAGAUUAAAAAGUUAAGGAAAAAAAAAA